CAGGGUCAGACUAUUAAACCUCCGUGGAAGAGAGGCAUCAUGGCUCUCUGUAAAGAAAGUUCAGAGGAGAACAGAGGACUUGUGAAGAACUGAACAACUCAAGAAGUUACGAUUAACAAAAUUGUCCGCUAAGCAGCCUGGAGGGGAGUCGCAGCGGACUGUGAAGCAGCAGCAGCAGAAGAAGCAGAAGAAGAAGAAGAAGAAGAAGCAUUCAGGGGGAAUGAGAGCGGAGCGAGCCGAGGCAUCAUCAUCACCACCAACAUGCAGCCGAUCAGCACCACCAGCCGUCCAUUUUACACGAUUAUAUGAGCCCAGGAGCGCCAGUUUGUCUGUGUCUUGCAGACAGGCAGUGAGCAGAGCCGGCGAUGACAACAUAGGCCAACGCCUCGCUGCAGCUUCAUACAGGGAAUGAAAACGCUCCCAAGAUGGUCCGCAUCGCCAAGGCCCUGGGUUUGGUUAUUCUGUGCGUCGCCGUGCUCAUCCUGUCCCUCAUCAGCUAUGUGUCCCUGAGAAAAGACAGCCUCUUCACCUCCUCUAAAUAUUACAUGGGGGGCCCGAGGAUUAUGUUCCACGCGGGGUUUCGGUCUCAGUUUGCCAUGAAUUUCCUGGACCCGUCCUUCAUCCCCUUAACUAACGCCCUGAACGAGGAGCUGCAAGGAAAACCGCCCAAAUGGAAGUUCAACAAAACGGCUUUUUAUCUGCAGAGGAAAGAUAUCUUCAACUACAUCGACAUCCCCACCAACUUCUCCCUCACUAAGAACAGCGUGCGUGUCGGCCAGCUGAUGCACUUCGACUACUCCAGCCACAAGUACGUCUUCUCCAUCAGCAACAACUUGAAAUCCCUGCUCCCGGACUCCUCCCCCAUCCACAACAAGCACUACAGCAUGUGCGCCGUGGUGGGCAACAGCGGCAUCCUGACGGGAAGCCACUGCGGCCCCGAGAUCGACCAGGCCGACUUUGUCUUCCGCUGCAACUUCGCCCCCACCGAGAUCUACUCCAAGGACGUGGGCAAGAAGACCAACCUGACCACCUUCAACCCCAGCAUCCUGGAGAGGUACUACAACAACCUGCUGACCAUUCAGGACAGGAAUAAUUUCUUCCUCAACCUGAAGAAGCUGGAGGGGGCCAUCCUGUGGAUCCCCGCCUUCUUCCUCCAUACCUCAGCCACAGUAACCAGGACCCUGGUGGACUUCUUUGUGGAGCACAAGGGGCAGCUGAAGAUCAAACUGGCCUGGCCGGGAAAUAUCAUGCAUGAUGUCAACAAAUACUGGAAGACUAAAAACCUCUCCCCGAAACGUCUCAGUACCGGGAUCCUAAUGUACACGCUGGCCUCCGCCAUGUGCGACGAGAUCCACCUCUACGGCUUCUGGCCCUUCGGCUGGGACCCCAACACGGGCAAGGAUUUGCCGUACCACUACUACGACAAGAAAGGGACCAAAUUCACCACCAAGUGGCAGGAGACCCACCAGCUGCCCAGCGAGUUCAAGCUGCUCUACAGGCUGCACAGGGAAGGCGUGAUCAAACUCAGCCUGACGCACUGCUCCUAGACACACACACACACACACACACACACACACACGCACACACACACACACACGCACACACGAUGGAUGCUUUUUAAGAGGUGACUCCAGAGACACAGUUACAUCCGCUCAGCUCCAACUUCUGUUGUGACCCACAGUGCAUGAUAAGUGUUAGACGAUUUACGACACCCUCAUUUGACAGACACUUCCCAUCACGCUGUAAUUUCACAGGAAGAUGUCACACAGCGUCAUUUAUUCAGUAUAUUGUUGUCUCCGGCACCACACAGUUAGGACGUUUUUACGCUGCUCAGUUGCUUCCAUUACUCUCCUCUGCAUGGCUGCUGGCCGUGGCGAAACAGCUCGAACAAAAACUGGAGUUCGCAGGGGGGGGAUUCAACACAAAGUCGAAUCUUCCGGUUCUGUUUAUUAACACAGUAAUGAUUGAUUAAACGCCUUUUACAACACUGAAAUCACUGCCUAAUCUCAGGGAAGGAGUUAGAUCAGUGUUUAUUUGUAAUCAGAUUCAAUGCCUCAAGAAGAGGUGCAGUUCCUGUUUUCAGACCUUUUUUUUCCCCCCCAUGAGGUGUCAGACAAUCUGCAUUGCUCUGGAAGAUGGUAUUUGUUUACAAGAUUGUACCCUAUACAUAUAUAAAUAUAGAUAUAUGUCCGUCCACUUCAAAUUUUGUUGAGAUUCUUCAAAUUUUUUGGAAUAAUAAUCGACAUUCCAACAAUAAGCCAUAAAUUCAUGGACAGAACGUAGUGUGUGUUGUCAUUAAAAUGCAGAUUUUUGGAGAGUGGUAUCGGCCUACAUUAGGUUCAGAGACUACUGCUGCCUUCAAACGGGGUCGAGAGCAGUGGCAACUGUGUUUAGUGGGUACGAGUUUGCAAGAGUUUCAUUGAAGGCAGCAUUUAAAAAAUAUAUAUUACAACAAGAGUACAGGUCUAUAGCCACGCUAGCGGCUACAUUUGAAUCACAGAACUUGGAUUUUCCCCAAAAUCAAUACCCCAAAGCAAAAAAAUGUAAAAAAAAAUUCCUUGGACACUUUUAAUCAUCUGGCUUAAAGAAUAUUCAGUACGCAGCAUGUUUUAAAAAUAAAGGUCUUUACCCUGUGUAUCUGGAAAAUAUCUCUCUUUGCUCUUUUAGAACAGAAUAGCCUUUAUUGUCAUUGUAUAUAGUACAACGAAAUUAGAGUGCAACUCCUAUAGUGCAUAAAACAAUUAAGAACAACAACAACACACAAACACUUAAGGACAAUAAGGUAUAGAGGUGUAAAAGGUAUAAAAUAUCACAAACAAGAAUAAAUAAUAGAAAUGGCAUGAAAAUAUUGAAUUUAUAAUAAAUAGCUAUGUACAUGGAAAGGAGGUGAAUGAGGAGGAGUAGUAGCAUACAGAGGUAAUGUUAUUAGAUAAUAUGAAUAUAAAUAUUAUUGCACUAUAAAUAUUAUUGUAUAACCCAAUCAAAAGUUUAACAUACUAUUAAGGCAGCAUCAAUUACAGACAAAUAAGUUAUAAUAAAAGCAUUUAUUUAGAGGCUUUGAGAUUCUGGAAAUACUUUGAAACAAAUGUAUCCUGGAGUAUUUUUCAGAAAAACACAUUUAGUUCUGUGUGUCCACAAAUUGACAUUUUUAUACACCCAUUUUAAAAAAGAUAUAACAUGUUCAUUAGAGAGUGCUGGUAGUCGGAUUGCUAGCUCUAACUUUAUAUUGAACUUAAAUCUUCUAAACUAGCGAGAAAAGCAAGAAAAUGCUAAUUAAGUCAGUGUAAAUGUUUACAGUACCAACAACUUUAUCUUUGAGAACUAGUUUGUGAGGUGAAACCUGUUUUUUAAUUCAGUAAACAAGCUAAGUUUGAAUAAACAAACAACAAAACCAAACAAAACUGUCGGAAAAACGGUAAAAAUGUAGAAACAAUUUUGCAACUCUAACCAAACAACAACAAGGCAAAUAAAACAAAGUUUGACCAAACCAUUUUGUGACCUAAAUAAAGGCGCUAGCGUGGGGAAAAACAUCAGGAUAUACAACAUAUACAACAGUUUCUGCAACACAAACAACAACAGAUCGACCACUAACCACUAUUUCAAUUAGAAGAGAAACACUAUUUAUUAUAGAGCAUUAGUUGACCGGGGGGAAAGUUAUUUAUUCAUCAUUUAACCAUAUCAACUCCAACAUUUGUGGCAUAAAACAGAGAAAUGAAUGAAUGUUAAACUGCAUCUCGUAUUAAGAGCAUGAUCCAUUUAAAUGACAUUGCAUGUGAGGCACUAACAAACCUUUUAGGCUAGUUUUAUACAACCUUUUUGAAGAUUGUUUUGAGGGUAACAAAUUUAGUUAUUUGCUAUUGUUUGUAUUCCUGAUGGUGUAUUCCUUAAGAGUAUCACCAGAGUCUUUGUAUGACAAAUGUUUGAAGGCCAAAAAAAAAAAAAAGAAAGAACCCUAAUAUAUUCCACAUGGGACCAAACCUCUAGUUGAAAUGAACAAGCUUUAUUUUUUUGUAACUGUAGAUAAUCUUGGGUUCUCAAAAACAGUCGGCCCUGUCAUGCCAGACUGACACAGACUGGUGGAUAAGGGUCGAAAGCUGGCCACAUGACUCGUCUCAUGACUCGGCAACGUGCUCCUUGUUGCAGACUCUGGCUUUGGGCUGAGGUUUAAUACACAGAGCAAUGCGGUCAUUCACACUUACCAGAUAAUAGUGUGUGCUUUUGUGCUCAUUCAGAUUUAGCGUGGUGGACGUUUACUCCACAUCCCGUCCCACACAAAGCAUUUCUUUUUGUCUGUCUGAACAUUUCAGACUUUCAGUGUCUCCUCUCCAAAUCACAGUGCAGUCACCACCAUGAAAAACACACACAUAUCUGAUGAAAAGGGUAGUAUUUC